UUUUGUGGAUCAAGUUCUUCUCAAACGUAAGUCAACAAUUCCAGCUGUUGUCAUUCCUCAGUCCUGAAUAAACCUAGUUGAUUUCACUAGUUUUUGACCCAUCAUGUGCUUGGGUUUCUUCUCCCCAGUCCCUGUUUGAACUUUUCUGCCGCAAAUGUCGGCAUGGUGGUGGUAACUGCCAUACAUUUGCCCCAUGACAGGGCAGAGAUGAAAAUCAACCAGGAAUUGCGCUCCCAGCUGGCAGAGAGCCAACAGCAGUUCGAAGACCUCAAGGAGAAAUUUCUUAUAAGUCAAGCUACUGCCUACUCUCUGGCUAAACAACUGAAGAAAUACAAGCGUGAAGAGGACAAAGACAUCAUAGACUCUGUGCUGAGGAAUGAAGUGCAGUUCAUAGAGGAGAAGCUGGCAGAGAAGCUCAGGCAAGCUGAGGAGCUCAGGCAAUAUAAAGCCCUGGUUCACUCUCAGGCAAAAGAGCUGACCCAGUUACGGGAGAAGUUACGGGAAGGGAGAGAUGCCUCCCGCUCACUGAAUCAACAUUUCAAGGCCCUUCUCACUCCUGAUGACCCUAACAAGUCCCAGGGUCAGGACCUCCGAGAGCAGCUGGCUGAGGGGCACAGGCUGGCAGAGCGUCUUGUCAACAAGCUCAGCCCAGCUAAGGAUGAAGAUGUUACAGAUGAGGAGACUGAGAACAUACAGGAAUCACCUGCUCCCAGGGAGGUGCAGAAGGCUGAGGAAAAGGAAGUCCCUCAGGAUUCACUGGAGGAAUGUGCUGCCACUUGCUCAAAUAGCUACGGCGCUUCUGACUUCAACCAGCCUCACAGGAGUGCCAAAGUCACAUUUGAGGGAGACAAAGUCGACUCUGCUCUGGUUGUAGACAGUGAAUGCACUCAGGAUGAAGGGGAGGAAGCUCUAAACAUUCUCCCAGGUAGCCUGUAUAUUCUUUAUCCCUCGUACCUCUGUCUAGGCCGAGGAAGAUCAAUUCUGAGGAUGGGCUGUAUACAUACACAUUGGUUUGAAUCAGAAACUAGGAUGAAGCUGGGGGCAGUGCCUCACAUCUGUAAUUUCAGCACUUUGGGAGAAACCAAAAUGAUCAUUAGGAAGAGGAAGGAAAAGUGCCAGUGCCCCCCAGAUUCAAGAACCUGUAUUCAUUUGGCCUCUGAUGCUAAUGUCAACAAACUGUAUGCAGAAGUGCUGAAUGCACUGUGUCCUGGCAGUUUCCCACAGGGAUCCUCCAUCUCCUUCCUCCCCAGCUCAUUGUCUGCCCAGUGCACUGAGCACCUGCCGCUCUGUCUCCUGCUCGAGACAGGGAAGGAUGGUUAUGUCUUUCUGAGGGGACUGCUGAGCCGGGAGCUGCCAAAGGUAAAGGAACAGGAAGUCCCAGAGGACUCCUUGGAUGAAAUUUACUUGACUCCUUCAGUUCACCAUGACCUGUCUGACUGCCACCAGCCUUAUAGCAGCACCUUGUCUUCAUUGGAUGAUCAGCUCACAUACUCUGCUCUGGAUGUAGCCUCUCCCACCCAGGAGGCCUGUGCCCAAGGGACUUGCAGUGGAGACUGGAGCUACCGCUUGGCAGAGGUGCAGGCUUCACAGACACAGCUGGAGCCAAGCACCCUGAUGACCAGUUGUCUGCAACUACAGCUGGAUCAAGGGUUCGACUGCGGGAAUGGCUUAGCCAGGCUGGGCCUUUCCUCCACCACCUGCAGCUUCACAGCCAAUGCUGAUUCUGGGACCCAAUGUCCCUUUCAAGAGCUGGUUUUAGAGCCCUCUGCUGGGAUGAAGAACCCUCCGCAGCUGGAAGACGAUGCACUUGAAGGCUCAGCAGACAACACACAAGGGCGUCAAGUCAUUGGCCAUAUUAAGCACUCAAGUGUCCUGAAACCAAAGAGUAUUAAAAGAAAACUCCUGUUCAGCAAGUGGAUUCCCUGGCUUUCACGCUUAGGGUGCAGAGGUAAUCACAUCUAUGACUCUUAGCUGCACUCACUUCUUAUUUCUCUCUGUCUCUGGUGGCAGCUUAUUCUCCCAUUG